GUCGUAGCAGGAAGGAAACUAGCAGAGAGUAAACCUUCUUCCGCAGCUUUCGAAUCCUUCGCUGUUGUUGUUGCAGUGUCGCGGCGCAAUUGUUGCUGCAUGCACUUCGUUCGUGGAGUGGAGUGGAGUGGAUGCUUCCCCUCUUUUUCCUUCUUCACUUCACGCACUUCGACGCACUCGAGUAUCUUCUCUUGCACCCUCCACUUUGGCAACCUCUCGCACAGUUGAGGUUCUCGGAUCCUCCCACUCGGAUUUCGUACCAGGUUUGCAGGUGCUUUCUUUCUGGAGCUAACGAGAAUGGCCGCGAAGAGGGAAGGUGAGGUCGAUGAUUUGGCUCUGGUUUCGAAGCGGCAGCGCACCGAUGGAGGAUCUUUAGUCCCCGUGAGAAGUCCAGCUUCCCAGGCUGGCAAUCAACUCAGUACAACUGUGGAGGGUAUUAAACGGACGUCCAGCCUCGAUGCUCCCAUUAUGCUGCUUACGGGCCACGGAGGUGCUGUGUAUACUAUGAAGUUCAACCCUCAAGGCACAGCAAUAGCUUCUGGAUCGCAUGACAAGGAUAUCUUUUUGUGGAAUGUGCAAGGUGAUUGUGACAAUUAUAUGGUGUUGAAGGGACACCGCAAUGCCGUUUUGGAUCUUUGCUGGACUAGUGAUGGGCAACACAUCAUCUCAGCUAGUCCAGAUAAAACAGUGCGCGCAUGGGAUGCAGUUACCGGGAAACAGAUUAAAAAGAUGGCAGAGCAUUCAUUAUAUGUGAAUAGUUGUAGCGCUGCUAGGAGGGGACCACCACUUAUAGUUAGCGGCUCGGAUGAUGGUACUGCUAAAUUGUGGGAUAUGCGCCAUCGCGGUUGCAUCCAAACUUUCCCAGACAAAUAUCAGGUUACAGCAGUAGCAUUCUCUGAUGGCGCAGACAAAAUCUUCAGUGGAGGUAUUGAUAACGAUAUCAAAGUAUGGGACCUCCGCAAGAAUGAAGUGGCCAUGAAGCUACAAGGGCACACCGAGACCAUAACUAGCAUGCAAUUGAGCCCGGAUGGAUCCUAUCUUCUUACCAACUCCAUGGAUUGCACGUUGAGAAUCUGGGACAUGAGGCCAUAUGCACCUCAGAAUCGAUGUGUGAAGAUAUUCACGGGUCAUCAGCACAAUUUUGAAAAGAACUUGCUGAGAUGCAAUUGGUCACCAGAUGGCCAGAAGGUGACAUCGGGCAGUGCAGACCGCAUGGUGUACGUUUGGGACACUACAUCUCGAAGAAUCUUGUACAAGCUUCCUGGACAUUCAGGUUCCGUAAAUGAGGCCGUGUUUCAUCCAAAGGAACCUAUUAUUGGGUCAUGUGGUAGUGACAAGCAGAUCUAUUUAGGAGAAAUCGAUCCUACUGUUAGAUAGAGCAUUGGAACUUUGCCCCAUCGAGGAAAAUCCUGAGUCCUAAGUGUGGUCGCAGCAUCGUCCACGCCUUGUUGACUGGAGCAAAGUACGAACUUUGGACACCAUGCAAAAAAGUCCAAUUUGUGGUGUUAGCAACACUUCUAUGCAUCCCUCAGACUGGUCUAUGGCACUAGAAGGCUUUCCAUCAUCUGGAUACUAAGGCUGGAGCAAUCCAGUCCCUCCUAAAACUCUAUCGAGUUCCCUUUGAGAGCAUCUUUCUCUGAACAUGCGACAACAUGGUGGAGGAUGGGAUACGCCUGAUCUUGGGAAAAUGUACAAACUUAGCACUUGAAAACCAUCUCGCAUGUGUAAGAAACAGGUUUUUUGUGAACGUCGGGACUGAUUGGCUUCCAUGGGUUCAUGCCCUAAAGCUAUGUCCAUAUUAAUCUCCUUGAGCUGAUCAGCGCUUGUGUUUUUUAGUCUAAAGCCGUGCCUCUUGGAAGUGAGAUUGAGUGUAAUAAGCAUUUAAUAAAUCAAUGCUAUACCACGGUGCAUCAGACAAGUUUAAAUCCCUCUGGUCGCCCUUUUCCA